AGAGUAAUAAUUUCUGAAUGUACAUUAACCUAGAAAAUUGCGUUUAUUUUCGCACGAGUCUUGAUACGUUUCGACAAAGCUCGGUAAACGGAUUGUCCAUCGUAUCAGUAAAACAUAACGUUAAAAGGAAAUAUGUUUCAGCCGAAUUUCCGCGUUAAACUCGAUUUGUGUAAAUUCUACAAUGAUGCGCGUCGUUUUUCUUGGAUUUUUAUCGACAGUACAAAUAUGUUUAAAAUUAGUCAUGUAAAACAGCAUAUUACAGAAUUGUUGAAUAUCAAAGAACCGUUCCAUUUAUUAUUAAAUGAAAACGAAUAUUUACCACCUAGCGAGAAUAUACGCAUUUUGAAAGAAAACGAAAUAAUUCUGGUUUCUCCUGGAUCUGGAUUAAAUAGCCACUUUGAUUUAUCCAUAAAUAAUCAUUUUGACUCAUUUGCUAUUUCACCAAAUGAGAAAAACAUACAAGAGAAUAGUUUUGUAAGGCCAAACGAAACUAGAAAUUCAUUUCAACGCGAAUUGAAAAUAUCAAGUGUCACGAAUAAAUCUCAAAAUGAAGAAUUUGAUGUAUCUACAAAUUUCUUCGCAUGUCCGAAAAGAAAACGUGUAAGACAUAAAAAAAAGAAGACAACAGCUGAAGAAACAAUGAUACAAAAAAAAGAAAAUGAAUCAAAUAAACCUAAGAUUAUUAAUUCUUAUAUUAUUCCUUUUGGCAAACAUAUUCGUUUCGAUGAUUCAGAAGAUAAUAAUGUUGAGGAAAGAAAACCUAAAUGUCAACAAAUAAUGAAUGGAACUAAUACAACUCAUGUAUCACCUUCUCAUGAAUUAGCUAAUUUAUUAUCAUUAAGUAAUAAUUCUACUCCUAUUACUUUUACAAAUAAUAAAAUAAAAGAAAUACAGGACCCACAAAAAGUACAAUCUCGUGAAAAUAUCAAUAACGGCAUAGCUUCAACUAAUAAUAUUAAUUUAGAAAAGUUAUUAAAUACAGAUUUCCAAACGUAUCCAAUUAUGAUAGAAAAACCACAACUCAAGGAUAUCAUUGCAUUCAAGAUGCUCAAAAUUGGAUCAGAUUAUUCACCACAAAUAUCAGACUUUGUUAUAGCAGAGAUUUUAUCUUAUUGUCCAGAAACAUCAGUAUAUAUUCUUAAAAUAUUACGAGGUUUGUCUGAAGUGCAAGUACCAAUAGGAAAAUUUACAAUUAUGGAAGAUACAAUAGAACAAACAAUGAAUGAUACAAUUACAUUAAAUUAUGCACAAAUAAUGGAACCUCGAUCUAUAUUUAUACACAAUACAGAUAAAGAAACUACUCCAAAUAAAGAUAAAACAAUUAUUCCAGAUACAGAUAAAACAAUUACUCCAGAUAUAGAUAAAACAAUUACUCCAGAUAAAGCAAUUAAUUGUAUUAAUUAAAUAUCGAUUAUGUAUUAAUUAAUAAAUGGAUAUAUUUUAUACAUUA